AUGUCUUUCGGCGGAUUCGGUGGCUUCGGCCAAAACAACCAGCAGCAGAGCUCUGGCUUUGGCACAGGCUCUGGAUUUGGAGGAACGAGCUCUGGAGGCUUUGGAAGCACCUCAUCCGGCUUUGGUACCGGUAACACCUCUGGUGGCGGUCUCUUUGGGAACACUUCUGGCGGCUUCGGCUCCGGUGGCGGUUUCGGUUCCACAAACAAUCAAUCUAAUUCAUUGUUCGGACAGAAGACCGGCUUCGGGACCACGACCACCUCUGGUGGCAGCCUCUUCGGAGGAAACACAGCUACGUCGGGCAGUACUGGAUUCGGAGGCUUUGGUUCGACUAGCAAUACCAGUGGCUUUGGUAGCACUGGGAACACUGGUGGGGGUAUCUUCGGGAAUAAGACAGGCUUCGGAAGUACUACCACUGGCACCAGUGGCUUUGGGACUGGUGGCGGUUUUGGCUCUACAACGGGUACCUCAGGAUUUGGCACUGCUUUCGGAGGUGUGCCACCAUGCGAGGGAACUGCAAGCCACCCUUAUGCCCCUGUCAGCGAGAAGGACCCCGGAACCUCCACGACCAGCUGUUACCAGAGUAUCACCUAUAUGCAACCAUACCAGAAAUACUCGUUCGAGGAGCUCCGUCUAGGUGACUACCAGCACGGCCGUCGGUAUGGGAAUGCAAGUGGACAAGCCGGUGCAUUUGGCACCUCUGCUUUUGGAGGGACCGGCUUCGGUCAGCAGAACACCACUUCGGGUUUCGGUUCUACAGGCGGUGGCUUUGGUACUGGAACGAGUGCGCCGUCUGCCUUUGGUCAGACACAAACCACUGGAGGCUUCGGCAGUGGUACGACGUCCUCGAACCCCUUGUUCGGCGCCAGCAAGCCGGGCACUUCUCUUUUCGGAGGGACCUCCACCACCUCCCAACCUAGCUUAUUCGGCGGAACGACAUCGACCUCUGGUGGCUUCGGUUCCACAAGCGGUACCGGCACAUUCGGAUCCGGUGGCUCUCUCUUCGGAAACACGAAUAAUCAGCAGAAAACAGGCUUGUUUGGAAGCACCGGAGGGACCGGCUUUGGCGGUUUUGGACAGCAGAAUACCACCAGUGCCUCGAACCCCUUCGGUAGCACUACUGCUACCUCUUCCCCAUUCGGCCAGCAGCAACCGACUGGCACGACUGGUUUCGGCGGUUUUGGGCAGCAGAAUCAGAACCAGAACCAGGGCAAGUCACUCUUUGGUGGCGGCCUCUCGACCGGCAACCAGCAGCAACAGACCGGUGGUACCUUGUUCGGUGGCACCAGCACGGGUGGCUCCCUCUUCGGGCAGAACAAUCAGCAACAACAGCAAAACACCGGCUCCCUCUUUGGAGGCCAGAAUCAGCAGACGGGCGCUAGUUCCCUGUUUGGUGGUGGCAAUCAGCAACAAGAUCAGAAACCAGGUCUGUUUGGCAAUCUAGGUACCAGCACUACGACCACCGGCACGUCCACGUUUGGCGGCUUCGGAACCAACCAGAAUAAUCAGACUUCGACCUCGAGUCUUUUCGGUAACACCCAGAACCAGCAACAGCAGCAGAAGCCAAGUCUGUUCGGAGGAACUAGCACUGGAACUUCUCUGUUUGGACAGAACACCACCACACAGAACACCGGCUCGCUGUUUGGCAACACGCAAAAUCAACAGCAACAGACUGGCGGGUUCGGAACCAGCAGUCUAUUCGGUUCUACUCAGCAAAACCAGCAACAGCAACAGCCACAGCAGCAGCAGCCGGCUCCUGGCAGCUUGCAGGCUUCUCUCCUGGAAGGCAACCCAUACGGCAAUCAGUCUAUUUUCUCCGGUUUGCCCGCCCCCAACGCUCCCAGCCCUGGUCCUUUAGCAACCCCCUUGUCCGCCAGCGUCAAGCAGAAGCAGCGCACCCCUCUCCCGGUUUACAAGAUCACCCCGAAUGCCGCCAACCGUCUGAUUACACCGCCCCGGCGUCAGGGUUAUGGAUUCUCUUACUCUACUUACGGCUCGCCAUCGAGCGCGUCCAGUGUCUCGAGCCUUGGCGGCAGCCUUCUUGGUGGUAACACCCUGCGCAGUGCAAGCGUUAAUGGCAGCUUUAGCCGUAGUUUCGGAAAGAGCUUCUCUACCAGCAAUCUCCGGAAGACCUUCGACCCGGACAGCGACAGCGUCCUGUCUCCAGGCGCCCUGACUGGCUCUAACUCGAGAUACUCGGGUGGCAGCCUCAAGCGAUUGACCAUCGACCGCAGCUUGAGGAGUGACCUGUUCCAGCGCUCAGCGUCUACGCCGGCUGCUUCCAUUACGAAUGGCGAAGAUGCUGGUCAGCAGAGUGACAGGCUGAAGAAGCGGGUCAGCUUCGAUUCUCGCUCUCAGGAACCGGACGGAGACACGAAUGGCGCGGUUGUCCGUGCGGAGACUGAGAGCCCUGAGCCGACUGCGGAGGAACUCGGCUUCCUUCGAUCUAUCCGCAAGAACGGGCAUGUCAACGGAGUGAACGGUACCUCGACUGAAACCGCGGCCCAGCCAGAAAUGGAGCAAGUGCGCGGAAAUGAGCUCUCUGUCGUCCAGGAGCAGCACGCCGAAGACUCCCCGGCCACCAAUGGGUUGUCGAAGCUCCCCUCCGUUCCCGCCGGUGAUCCUCAACCGGGCGAGUACUGGAUGAAGCCGUCUCGCGCCGAGUUAAGCAAGAUGAGCCGUGAGCAGCUGAAGCACGUGGAAGGCUUCACUGUUGGCCGCAAAGCUUGUGGCCAGGUCACGUUCGAUCGACCCGUCGAUCUCACCGGGAUCGAUCUGGAUCAGCUCUUCGGUGGAAUUGUGCAAAUCAACGUUCGCAGCAUUACCGUUUAUCCGGAUGAUGCUCAGAAACCCCCGAGGGGCAAGGGUCUCAAUGUGCCGUCCACUCUGCGGAUUGAGAACUCCUGGCCUCGAGGCCGCGAUAAGAAGGUGCCUUCGGCCGUCACCAGCGGUCCUCUCUAUGAGAAACACGUGGAACGUUUGAAGAAAGUGCACAACACCGAGUUCGUGGCCUACGAAAAGGACACCGGAAUCUGGGUCUUCAGGGUUCCUCACUUCACCACAUAUGGUCUUGAGUACGACGAGGACGAAGGUGAGAGCUUCAACCACAGCGCAUUGAGUGCCGCUCCUGACACUCCGAAGGCUCAGUCUCCCGCCGCCCGCACGUCCUUGGACAACACCUUUAAUUCCGAGCCCACUUCGAGCUUCUCGGUCGACGAGUCGUUCGUCGGGUCCAAUGCCGGAGUUGAUGAUGACACUUUUGAUUUUAAGAAACGCAAGGUGGUCCCUGGUGCAUUUGGCAACCAGGCCGAGGCAAACGAGUAUGAAGAAAUGGAAUCGACAGAAGAGGAAGAUGGAGAGGGAUCUUUUUUAGAGGACGGCUCCACGGGUUCAACUGCUGAGGCUGACGGUGAUGAGGAAGAAGUCACUGAAAGUCAGCAAUCGGUCGAAUCAGAAGUUGGAUCGGAUGAGGACGGCGACAUGGAGAUGGCGGGCUCCUUCCCGGCUCCUCACCACACCGUGGAGCAUGAAAACACUACACGCACCGUCAUGACUAGUUUCGAAGACACUCAGCGCUCGAUGCAAUUUGGUACGCCUGCGAAGCCGCGUCUUGAUCUCAGCGGCGAUUGGGCGGAGCAGUUGCAGAGGACUAUCAGCCCUAGGAAGCAGGAUCGCGAUGCUUUGCGAGAAUUGCAGGCCACCGCAUUUACGGACAGAAAGUUAAAGGAUGACACUCCAAAGAAAGAUGCAGGGACAGCGGGUGGUCGACCGAAGGGAUUUACGACAAGCAUUGAUUUGAUGAAUUCGUUGUUCCAGCAGCCGAAGAAAGCCGGGAAGUCUCCGAGCAAGAAGCAGAAUGGGCAGGCGAAAGGCUUUGAGUGGCCAUACUCGAAGAAACCGAAGACCUUUGCGAGCAGCACGAACGAAUUGACCGAAGACGAUAUUGCGUUCCAUCACUCGUUCAAGCCUCGCUGGGGACCUAUGGAUGCGAUCAUCAGCGUCAAAAACGACAUGAGAGAUUCUCUGCCUGAUCCUGUUGAUAUUUUAGAAGCCCAGAGGAAGCAGUCUGUCAUCCGUCUAAUUGAUGGCAUUCCCUUUGCUCGAAACGCCAAGUCUGAUUUCCGGCCAUUCAUCCAGCUAUGCACGGGGUCCUCGCCACAGGCUGAUUUGGAGCGGCACGUGUGGCAGCUGGCGAACAUCCUUUUCAAUGACGACAUCGAAGACGAUAUCUCGGCCGGUGUUCCGGCUCAACUCAGGCAGAAGUUCAUUCAUCGCAUCAAGAAGGAUCGACUGAGCCGGCUGUGGGAGAGCAUCGUCCGUGAGAAGCACAGCCAGGACUUGGAGAAGAUUGCGUCUCCAGAAGAGCGAGCUGUGGCCUAUCUCACGUUCCACCGCGUCGAAGAUGCGUGCAGGACCCUGGUCGAGAGCGGGAACUUGCACCUGGCGACGUUGCUUUCGCAAAUCGGCCGGGACAAGACGAUCCGCCUUGAUAUGCAGAAACAGGUCGAAUCAUGGCGCACGCACAACGUCUCCUCUGAGAUGAAUGAACCCAUCCGCGCUCUGUAUGAACUGCUUGCUGGUAACGCUCUCCGCAGCGAGGGACGUCCGUCCGGUGCUGUGGAAGAUCGUGCCUCCACGUUUACCUUCUCGGAACGGUUUGAACUCGACUGGUUCCAGGCCUUUGGUCUCCGACUGUGGUACGGCAUCACGGAUGACGAGCCGAUCGAGGCCGCUGUUUCUCUCUUCCUGCGUGAUCUGACCGAGGGCGAUGAGCCCGCGUUUCCUUUCCCACCUCAUCUGGAAGCUGCACGUGACGAUCUGCGCCACAACCAGAACGCGUUAAGCCGGGAGUCCCCGCUUUGGGUCUUGCUGAAGGUCUAUGCUGUGGCUGCCGGUAGUGCAGACGCUUCAGGCCUUCCUAAGCUUGAGUUCCCUGCAGCGGUGCUUCCAGAGUCGGUGACUGGCGAUCGACUUUCGAACCGUCUGUCGUUUCAGCUGCACCAGGUCGUCACCUCCAUUGUUGGCCAUCAUGAUGCUCUUGUCGUUGACACCGCUCGGGCUGAUCAGCUCGUCUGGGAUUACGCUUGGGAGCUCGGCGCAUCUGGUCGGCUGGAGCAAGCGCUAUUCGUUCUUCUGCAUCUCUCCCGCGCCGUGGACCGGGAGCGCAGCGUCAAGGAGACCCUCGCCCGAUUUGCAGCGCAGUUGCCGAGCCCGGUGACCGCUAACGGCACGCCUGAUGCCCGUUGGCAGUAUCUCACUAAUGAUCUCCAACUGCCCGAGGCUUGGAUCUGGGUUGCGAAGGCGCUUUACGCUCGCGAUGUGGGUGACGCAGCGAACGAGGUCCAUUAUCUCAUCCGCGGCAAGAAUUGGAACGAGGCGCACGCGACGUUCUGCCGGGAGGUGGGACCACGGACGAUCAUCGAGCGCGAUUACAACACACUGCAGAAGCUGUUGUCCGGGUUUGGAGAUGCGCCGGAGCGAAAGGUGCGAGGCUGGACGAGCGGUGGGGCGGUGUAUGAGGACUUUUUGCGUCUGGUGACGGCCAAGAGCGGUCAACGAGACCAGGCCAGCCUCAAGCGUCUUGUUGGGUCGCUGGUGGUGAUGGGUGAGAAGGUCAACAAGAGCUCUGGGGCGGAGGGCCUGAAUGAGCGGGUGGCGUUUAUGGAGAUGAGCCGAGUGGUUGCUGGUUGGUGUGUUCGGGAGGACAAUGCUGUCGAACUGUCUGCGAUUCUCAAACUUCCUCUGACGGGAGAUGCGCGAGUGAUGCAUACUGCGGAGAUCAGUCGGAGAUACUACAGCGCGGUGAUGGCGAGUGCGUACUGA